GACCUGAGCCGCCUUAUCGCUGCAGCUGGGAAAGUUUGGCGCCAAAUUCACCUCAGAGAGACCGGAAGUGAGAGAUUCGGAACGGAGAAACACCGGAGAUACCGAACGACACCGAGCCCGGGCCUCCAUGAUUCCCUUCUCCCACCACGAGUCCUUCCUCUCCCUGGCAGCGGCGGUGAAUCAUGCCUUUACCCAGAGAUGAGAUGGGUGAUCCUCCUCUCAGCCGCACUCCCAUCCCGGCCCCGGCCUACUUCCACCAGGCAGAAGAGAGCUUCUCACUGAAGAAGAGGGGCCGCUCGCUCUACUACACUCUCCCACCAUGUCCUCCGGUGAAGAGAGUGGCCUCCAUCACCCGACUCUUCCCCAACAAGCCGCGAUCAUGGAGCCAGCCUCGUCCCCAGAGCGUGUGCUUCCGCAGCCCCCAACCCAAGGCCCCCGACAGCCAAAUGUACGACCACAGCAAGGGGGGGACCUUCUUCAAGCAGUGCUUCCAGAGCAUCUGCAAACUGGGCCGGGGCUCCUUCGGAGAAGUCUAUAAGGUGCGAAGUCGCGAGGACGGCUGUCUUUACGCGGUGAAGCGCUCGGUGUCUCCGUUCCGGGGCGAGUCUGACCGCCAACGUAAACUGGAAGAAGUGAGAAAACACGAGCGCGUCGGAGAGCACCCCAACUGCCUGCGCUUUGUGCGAGCCUGGGAGGAGAAGCGCAUGUUGUACCUACAGACGGAGCUGUGUAUGGGGAGCCUGCAGCAGCACUCUGAGGAUUUCGACGCUCCUCUACCCCCCCGACAAGUGUGGGACAUCUCCUGCGACCUCCUGCGGGGGCUGAAACAUCUCCACGACCGCAACCUGCUGCACCUGGACAUCAAACCGGCCAACGUGUUCAUCUCCUUCUCCGGGGUCUACAAGUUGGGGGACUUUGGGCUGAUGGUGGAAUUGGAUUGUGCAGAAGGGAAGGAGGACGCUCAGGAGGGGGACCCCCGGUAUAUGGCUCCGGAAUUGCUGGAUGGGGUGUUCACCAAGGCAGCGGACGUGUUUAGUCUUGGCAUGACGCUGCUGGAGGUCGCUUGUAAUAUGGAGCUCCCGAAGGGAGGGGAGAGCUGGCAGCAGCUACGGCGGGGUCAUCUUCCCACAGAGUUCACCUCAGAAUUGCCGCCGGAUUUCCUGAAGGUUCUGGGCGGCAUGCUGGAGCCGGACUAUCGCUGCCGUGCUACUGUGGACUGGCUCCUCUCCCUAUCUGCAAUUAGCAGGGCUGAACGAUGGAGAAAAGUCACCCUGACAACCAAAAAGAUGCUUUCCAAAAUAUUUGUCGUCCUUCAGCUUCUCAUGUGGCUCAUGUCAGUGGUGGUCCACGGCCUGAAGCGCCCAGUGAUGUGGCUGUGGCGAUGGGGGAGGGGUAUCCCUCCGUUGCAAUCUCCGCCUUCCUCUCCCUCGCCCAACCUACUUGCGGAGAGCAGCCUAUCCAGUGACUGGGAGGAGGACAGCUUUGGGGAAGAUGUGUUUGAGGUUCCACCCAGCCCGCUAGGCAUCAUCCAGAGACUCACCUACGACGGACCGGAGUUCUCCCUCAGACAUUCUCCAGAGCUGAUGUCACGGCCAUCCCUGGGCAGCACAUCAACGCCUUGCAACAAGUCUCCCGAUUACAGCACAAGGAAGAGGUCGGCACUGACCCUGACCCCGAACAUCAGUCGUAUCAGCCAGGAUUCUCUGCGCAGCGCGAAGGCCAUCACCCCGGACACCAGCGGCAGCUCCUCGGGAUUUAUAGACACGGAAGGGCCGCGCUCUGGAUUUCUCCCCCGCAAUCUUCUCACCAUGUUUGAUGAUGCGUUGGAUCAAUAAAUCCCGUUUUGUGAAGUCAGCAGACUAUUGCGGCAAUAAAGCCAGUUCAUCUGCCACCUACCCACACACCUGGCUCUCCGUCUCUCCAGGAACUGCCAACACCUCAACUGUCUUCUUUUUCUUUUUUAAAGCUUGUGCCACCACAAGGUGUGAUUUGUAGAUAUGGAGGACUCUGCCAGGACCGGCACAGCCAAUCACUUCCAGGUUUAUGCAGGAAGAGGCGGGACGGGGAAGUGUUAGUGGGAGGUACAGACUGUUUACGUUCAUUAAAUAAGAAUUACUUUCAGGUUUUAUCAAA